UCAAACUCUGACAGACACUGAUCACAGUAAGACAUCCGAGCAACACCUUUUAAAGACAAGCCGCUUUGAAAUACGCAACCAUUCAGACGAAGUAGUAGGAAGCAGAAACUGAGGCAGAUAGGAAGCCUUUAAAAGAGACGGUGAGUUGACCUCCUGAGCUUCUAGUGUGCUAGAAGUCAGAGGAAGGAGAUGCUGCUGAGGUGAAGGGAAAGGAUUAAGGUGUUAAAGCUUAAGUUCCUGAUGGCGUCUGCUUCUGGUAGCAGAGAGAAGGAUCAGCCUCCAAGACUGCCUGUCAAACAACACAGACGUUCCAGUGUGGAGUCAGACUCUGUUUUCAGCCCCGCUGGGUUUCAACAUCCCAGCUUUGCAUACAGCGAUGUCUUCUCGGAGCCCACCGACUGUCAUGCAGCCCAGUGUCCCAUCCACCAGCGCUACGAUCCGUUCAAACACCAGACGAGAUUCUUCUCCGAUGGCACACCACCUCCUGUUCCAAAGAAGAAGCUGACCCGCGCCCUCUCUCUUCCCGGCAUUGAUCCACCUGCAUACUGUUCCCUCUCUCCACUCUCUCCUCUGCAAAGACUUCCUCAGAACUUUGACAACCCCCUCUACAUGAUGGCACCGAUACCUGAUACUUCUACGCAUGAGGAGACUCAAGACUUGAAACCAGCCAGAAGAAGCCCUAUUCCCUUGCAGCCCCUGUCCCAGCUGUCCUUUGAUACCCCAGAUGAACACCUAGCCUCCGUCUUUGGGAGCUUUGAGGACCAGCGUGUUGUCUCAGGGAGGAUUCAGCAUCGUCAGCUGCUCUUCCUUCGAAGCAUGGCUCAGAGCGUUGAGGAGCGCAGCAUCCUAAAGGUGAAAGAAAAAGAAUGCGACUCAUAUGAGCCUCAGGAUUUCCUGCUGUGUGAGGGUAGCAAGCCAAAGAAGAUCGGAGGCAAGACCUACUACAGCCUCCAGAGCCCAAAGUUCCCCGGGAGGGUUCUUGGUUUGAGGGCAUGCAAAGGGACGAAGAACGCUCCAUUGACUCGUAACAAAGAAAACCUGCACGCGAAUGUGCAAGAUGCCAUCGCUUAUUUUCAACCAAGCAUUGAUAAGGAAAGCGAAACCAACACAACGCAAGAUCUUUCCACCACUGGAGAGUCAGACUGCAGGGCUCCUGAUCCACCAGACGGAGGCAGCAACAAGAAAGCGCCUUGUUGUCCCAGCAUGACGUCUCUCACAGUCAACUCUCUCCUUCAGAGAGGACACUGUGUGAGUGUGGAACGUGAUCUGCCGCACGCCACCCUGGAGGACUUUGUUCAGGACAGCUGCUUGGUGCAGCCCAGCGACUGUCAGAAUUACAACAGACAGGUGUGUGUUCUGGUGCUGCAGGUCCUAAUGGGUUCACACCACCUGCACAGCAACAGUGCUGCUGCAGCUGAGCUCAGACCCAGAGAGAUCCUUCUGGUCUGGCCCGGCAGGCAGAGAUGGAAAGGGAGAGAUGUGCUGGAACAGGAUGGUCAAAUAGGUUGGGUGCAGGAGUUAUGGAGGAAAUAUGGCUGUCCUCGUGUGCUAGUGACACCACAGUCUGCUGCUUUGGCCCCUCAGGCUCUGACCUCCAUUAAAUGCCAAAUGGGAGCCCUAAUUCAGUUCUGCCUGCGCCCACAAGAAGCUCACAAAGACCCUACUCUGUCUGUAUACCGAACAGGGCUUCUUCAUUUGUCCUCUCUGCUUCAGAGUGAGAGCGGUCCCCAGAUGACGGACAUAAUAGCCAUGGUGCAGGUGCUCCUGUGGGGGCCACGGGUCUCCAUAUCCAACCACAGAGGCUCCUUGUCGCUCACGGCUGUGCAGAACUGGCUGACUGUCAAGCGAGCCCUGCUGGUGAUGAAGCUGGCAGAGGUGGGACUGAUCCAGGAUCAGUCUGGCGUGGACUGGGAGGACUGCAUGUGUCUGAAGUAUCUGCCAUUUACUGAUUCUGAAACGGUAAUGGGUGCAGCUAUGCAGCUUUCCAACAUCCUGAGCUGAAUUUAGCAAGAUAUUUUUAGAAUCCAUCAGGAGCAGAGGACAAAAUACUUCCAGAGAGGUUCAUCCUUCCUUUAGCUCCAAUGUUCAUAUUGAUGUAAACUGGUCUGAUAAAAUGUUUAAUUUGUCAAAAUAAACAUCAAAAAGAUGAGAUCUGUCCCCGAGCAAGCCUGUUAGUGAUCUCAUGUAUUUAAUAUCUAAUUUGCACUUGUCAAUAAACCAACAGAAAUGCUGCUACAAUGCAAAGCAAGAACACACUGCUUCACCUCCCUGAAUGUAGCUGCAGAACCUUUCAGUGAAUUAAAACAGAAAUUAUGGUUAACUAUACAGUGCUGGCCAGUACUCUGUUUUAUUUCAAUUAUGCAUUUGAACUUUGUAUUUUUUUUAAGCACACAGGGUCAAAUUGUAAUACAGAUCUAAAAAACAAAGUAUAUGAUGAAUACAUUUAAAUUAGUGUUUCAACUAAAUUACACAGGGUUGAACACAUGCACACCUCUCCACAAAAUAUGUAAAGAAGCAAACACUUUUUGUAACCAUCAAGCUUCUAGUAUAAUUCUAGCUGAAAAUUUUGACAUAGUAAUAAAUGGUACAUUCACCUCAGCUUAAGAAGACGCUUGGACAUUACCGCUCCUUGCUUUCAAAUCGAAGCACAAUGUACCUGUCAAGCAGGACAUGAAAAAUAUGAAGACUACCUUGAAAUUCAUCCACUCCAAACUCGGUUCUGGACAAAUCAGCCUUAUGAUUAAGCCUGUGAAUAUUUCAUGCCUUGAUAGUCAGGUCUCUACCAAGAAACCAAUCGAUUUAAAUUAACUACCAUUUCUGUUGUGAAGAAUUGUUAAAUGUCCAGCCAGAGGUUUGACUAUACAGAGAGUUGGCUUUCUCUGCAGUAUGCUAAAGGACAUUUAAAUUAUUAGUGUAGUACGAAUAUUAAAAAAACCUGCAUGCAAACCUUGCCAAUCUGAAAAAAAUGUAAAGAGAAGCAUUCAAAGCUCAAAAUGAUGGGCUUCAUGCCCAUGAGUGUAUAGAAUCUUUCGGUCAGCACUGUACAGCAUAUUAUACUACAUUUAACCCCAAAUUACUUUUUUUACAUGUCUAAAAUGUCUUCCUUCAAGUUUCACAUUACAAAACAAUAAUAUCCACAUGAUAAACUCCCCCAUCUGUAAAUUUGAUCCCACACAUUGCUCUGCAUCACCUAAAAACCUUGAUUUUAUCAAGCUUUCACCGACAUUACUCAGCCGACCACACGUCAAGGUGAGCACUUUUAUUUAGUCGUUACAACAUGCAGAUCUCUACCAAGUGGAUCAAAGCAAACUAAAACCAUGCACACAUUUUAAAAAUUACUAAACAGGAAAAAAAAUCAUAAAAAUCAACUGAUAAUUACUAUGAAAACAUCUACUUACAUGAGUACGAUUUCAAUUUAUCUUAAAUAUACUGUGGAGAUAUUCAGGAAUCAGGGUUAGGAUGGACAAGAACAUUAUUAAACGGUGGUGAGGAUGUAAUGCCCAGAUAUCAUGCAGGCUUUCUGCUUUACAUUCCUGCUCUAUUCAACAUCUUAACUCUAGUGCAACUUUUACUGAAACACAGCACGCAGUAGGUAAAGGCAAAGGAAAAUCCACCAA